GGUCACCGGCAACGCAGCAACGCGCAGAAAGCUCGGCUCAGCAAACUGUGAACGCCUUCGCGCUUCGGCCACGAGAGACCGUCUUAACGACCAGCUUCUCGGUUAUCGGUGUCGUCGAUUUCGUCGCGGUUUAGCUCUAUUGCACUCUUGAAAUCGACCAACAUCAAAAGUGUCGUCGGUCGUGCCUUAUACUUACGGCGACGGAAUUGAAGGGAAACCGCACACGUUGAAUAUCGACGUUUGGAUCGCGUUGACGUGUGUCUUUGAGAAAAUCUAACGUGACCGAUUUCUCGCGUCAGCGAGCGCGCGUCUCUCUCUCUUUCGGAGUAGUCGUUCAGCAACGCGAUAUCACCGUCGAUGCCAAACGUGACACGACUGUCGAGUGUGAUUCUCGCGGGCGAACAACGCGCGGAUAUUGCUCACAAAUGAGGAAGCAGUGAGUGAUUAUUGCGAACAGUAGCGAAAGCUCCGUAACAGAUUUCAUCGUUCGGAUUCGCGGUAGAGCACAGGUGGUGCGCGUAAAACACUUAUAGUAAGAGAUGAAAAACAAGUCAUUCAUAUAUACGCGCGCGCGCACACAUCGAUGAGUCGCGCGCGGUUAUGGCGCGCUCGAUACGUUAUAUCGACAUUACUUCGCAGUUGUGGUUCGAAGCUCCCUCGUGAAACCGUCGGGAGAAUGAGAUAUCCCGACGGUUGCCGCUGUGUGUUUCUGUGUUUCACGUGAAGUGAAAAUUGAUCCAAUUCCGAUUUGCCAUGUGAUGAGAGAGUUCUUUUUUUUACGAGCUGAGAAAUUUUCGAGAAUAAAAACCGCCACGAACGCUGCUCGUCCGCCGUCGCCCGGAACAUACUUGUUGCGCAAUACGUGUGAAAACGUAUAGAAUGCGACGGUGUUCAAAAACGCGUCAGUGUUACACGCGCCGACUACCAGCCGACGAUCGAUCGAACUCUCGCAUACGCAGCGAAAGCGAGUAUGCCUAGUGAUCACGCGAACGCGCGUCGUCAUUUCGUUUUACGCCUUUCGUUGUGUGUAUCGCGAGCUAGAAGAAGACACGACGCCCUCCGCAUGGCUCGGUACACAUAGACUCGGUGUACUGGUACACCGUGGCAGAACAAACAAUGGAUAUGAGAAGAACAGAGGCUAAGUAGCAGGCUGCAGGUACAGGUACGAAGACGGCGCGAAGGGGUAGAUUGUGGGAGAGAGAGGCGUGCGGCCGACAGAAAGCGAGAGUGAACGUCAGUGGGACAGGAACGGAGGGCAAGCGAAAGGUUCGUAAGAGUCGACCAUUGUGACGAAGUCACGGGGUAGGAAGGCGCCGGAAUCGUAACGAAAAAUGAGGAAGCAAGGUCUGACGGAUGUGUGGCGGCUGGUGUGGUUGCUCUGUCUCGUCUUAGCGACGAGCUUAGCGCAAACACUACAGACAUGCCCGCACCACAACGACAUCUCACCCUGUUCCUGUAGUGUGAAGAAAUCCGGUCUGGACAUUGUGUGCGAGGGCACCGAGUUACAACACAUCUCCAAGGCUAUGAGCAAACUCAAGGAGAAGGACGCCAAAAUAUUUUAUCUCAGACUUAGGCACAACACUCUGCCCAAGUUGCAAGGAUAUGUGUUCCUUGGCCUUACAAUAUCCCACCUAACCAUCCACAAUAGUAGCCUAGUGGUGCUGGAAGAAUCUUCUCUUAGUUCUCUUGGACAGCAGUUGACACAGCUGGAUCUGUCCCAAAAUUUACUGGCUAACGUCCCAUCCGUCUCGUUGCGAGACCUCCAUCAACUCCUGAUUUUGAAUUUGAACCGUAAUAAAAUCACAGCCAUCCAUAGCAAAGCUUUUGAAGGUCUCGACACACUCGAAAUCCUCACUCUUUACGAGAACAAGAUCUCCAUCAUAGAGCCAGAUGCGUUCAAAGGACUCGAUAACCGGAAGCUCAAGAGGCUUAAUUUAGGCGGAAAUGAACUCACGAAGGUACCCACUCAAGCUCUGACGUCGUUAGAUCUGUUGAAAAAAUUAGAAAUGCAAGAAAAUCGCAUAUCAACUAUACAAGAAGGAGAUUUCGAAGGACUGAAAGGACUCGAUUCAUUAGGAUUGGCGCACAAUAACAUCCGCGAGGUACCGGCGCGUGUAUUCUCUCACUUGACGCAAUUAAACUCUUUGGAACUUGAUGGAAAUCAAAUUACCCACGUAGAUGCUAACGCGUUUAUCGGUCUUGAGGAAAAUUUGCAGUAUUUACGACUGGGAGAUAAUAAUUUACACGCGGUACCGAGCGACGCUCUGCGACGCUUACAUCGUUUACGCCAUCUUGAUUUGCGGGCGAAUAACAUCACCGCACUUCCUGAGGACGCUUUCAUGGGCUACGGAGAUUCCAUAACUUUCCUUAAUCUGCAAAAAAAUUUGAUUAAAGUACUUCCGCCUCUGGUAUUCGAAAGCCUCAAUUCGCUAGAAACCUUAAAUUUGCAAAACAACAAAUUAAUACACAUCCCAGAAGAAGUCACGGAGAACAUCGUUGACACUCUACGUCACAUAGACAUAACAGAUAAUCCUUUGAUUUGCGACUGCGAGCUGCGGUGGUACGCCGCGUGGAUUAGAAAUCUGCGCGACAAGGACGACGAGAUGAUGUCUAAGAAGCGAACGGUCUGCACGAUGAAGUCGGAACAUCGCGAGUACGCCGUGCAGAGUAUACCGCUCGAGAGGAUGGGCUGCGUGGGCAAGGGCAGCGCCGGGAGAAUCUCGUCGUCAGCUACCUGGUAUAAAAUGUACAUCGACGCAACGUUAUCAGUGAUUAUUCUCGCCGCCGUUUUAGCGUAAUCUCACAGAAGUGCGUGACUUCGCGGUGCCGUCGACUCUUCGUUUCGAUGCCGACGACGUUUUGACGUUACAUCCGUUUCUGACAUUGUUAUCGACGUAAUUAAUGAGCGGCAUUGUGAUCGCUGCGAAUCACGACAAACUCUUCCGACUUGUUUAUUUACUUCUGUACGUUAGGGGUUGGUGAAAAACGAUAUUUCUUAUCGGGUGAUCGUGACGCGAUGGCGGAGACGCGUCACGAUUUCACGACGACGGGCGAAAAACCAGAGAUGUAUUUCUCUCGAUUCGUUUAAAUGAAACGUCACGUUAUUAUUAUUUUUGGGCUCAACUCAACGUGUUCACGAUAGACGCGCAGUCUGUCACAACAGUAGCAUUAACAACAAGGUUUCGUCACGAGAAGUCGGCACGUCAUCGCGAUGUCGGUUUUGUCACGAUCGACCGAACACUCUCGGGCUCGAACAGAUUUUUAUCGGUCAAAUUGAUAAAAAUCUCACAAGUAUGACGUUUAUUAUUACUCCAAAUAACCGCUACACAACUCGGACUGGUGGCGAGAAAUGAUUGAUUCCUUCGUCCUCUUCGGAGAAUCGCUCUUUUAUUUCCCAUGAGAGAAACGAACGUCUAUUUCGUGCGCGGUAAGACGUUUCAGAGCAGAUCCUCGCUUCAGAGACACACACGCGCGCGCGACGCGAUCGCGCAUGUCCCUGACAUACGCGUAUUACAUACACAGCUUACGGCAAUCGCGACAAUCGAUCUUUCGAGAACUGAAUAUACUUUGAAAUUCUUCCGGAUACUCGCAAAAAAAGCGUCACUUCGCGCCUAGAUUUCCAUUUCCUCUCGGGAGAACCGGAGAAAAUCUCUUUGUCGAGCGAUUCGACUAAUUUCAAUCAGUACAAACGCGAUAAUCCAAUAUAUAUACACUUUAUUCCCAGCUUUACAAAACGCGAUAUAUAUAUAUGCAGAAAUUAUUUUAAAAUCGAACUUUUAAUCGAAUCGAUACGCAGUUUUACGAGUUUUCGAUUUAUUUUCGCGACAACGCUUGAACAAAAAUUCAGCGUCAUGAACAAUUAAGAACCGAUUUGUUCGUUGCGUUUGACCAAAACCCACGCGGUAUGCGAUUUGCAAAAAAAGUCACGAUGGUGGUGAAAAAUUAAUCGUUGCGGUGUAAGUCGGAUCGCGCAGUAAGCACCACGAGCAAUCCCCCUCUCUCCCUGCAAUUGCCGCGCGUCGAAAUGAUAAUCACAGACGGUUGCGUGGUCGCUUAGGUAUUGGUGUAACAAGCGGCGCGUAAGAGAUCACUACGGACGGCGGAUUUAUUUCUGAUAAAAUCACUGUUAUUUACGGAACUCUCGGAUGCUCUGCGAUCGAAUUGAAAACGCCUCCACACGCUCCACACUAAUCAUAUGCAUUAAUGAAACAGCAAAUGAAACAGCCUUACGCUUAAACACGUCACGGACUUCGAUAGAGAAGAAUAAACGAAGCAAAUUAUUGUUAUUGGCUAAUGAGAACGCGGUUACACAACAAUUCAAUGGUAGAGAAUCUGAGCAGUUGAGAUAAAAAUCUAAACGUCGAUCUUCGCGGAUCGGCCGUGGACCGAAGAAUUCUCGCUCGCGCGAGAAGCGCUGGAAUGUUUUCUCUUCCAGCGGAACGUUACAUAUCAGCAUCGUUGCCAAUUAUUUUGUGGUUAUCUGUUAGCUCGUGGCGCGAGACGUAGUAUAACCGAGUAGUUGGAUUUCGAGUGGCCGGAAGUCAGAUCGCUCCCAAGCGAUUUUCCGGAUCCACUCGUCGUAUACAUAUCAAUGCGUUCCUGUUGGACAUAUAGAAAACUGCGAGAUAACUGCGAAAAGAAUCGCGCAUUCCUCACGACACUUGCGCUCUUCGUGUGUCGCGUGAUCUUCCGCGUGAUUUUUCCGGUCUUACGUUUUCUCUCUCAAAUCGGUCGAGAUAUUUUGUUUGUUUUUUUUUUCGGAAAUUUACAGAAACGUUUUCUGUACAAUGACUCGCGUCUCGUAAAGAAAUAAUUGGGGAAAAAAAAAAAACAAAUUAAUCGGGAGAUGAAUUAAUUGAACCGGCAAAUAAAAGAUUGCGAAAGGAAAUUGUGACGUCUGUCUUUUUAUCGUCUCUGCUUCUGGAAUGUCUCUGUGCGGCUAAAACAUCUUGAGAUAGCCUCGAUACUUAACUCGAUUCUCAAAGACCCGGCCGCACGAAAUGAGAUAACGACUGUGUUGAUGACACGUAAUACUUCCAACAGGAAACCGACACUUGUCAAAGCGGGUAGAGCACAAACGCGGUUAUUCAAACGCCUCGUUGCGCCCGCUUUACGACUCGCGGUUACUUCACCGCCGUGCUUCAGCUCACGUGUGCACUGGAAUUGCGUCAUCUCGCGAGAGAAGGAAGCGUAUGCAACGCACGUUUUCGGUACAAUUCACACACGUAACAAUUACAAUAUAUUUGCUUUGCGUCGAAAGUAUAUUAAUUAAUAUUUAUCUCGUAUAAUUUUUAUUACGUGCGUGCAAAAUAAUUUUGCGCGCUCGCAACACUCCGGAAGAUUGUGCUAUAUGCACGAAGAUGCGCAAUACGUCAACGCGUGCUUCGCUUUGUGUGAAAAAUGUUCAGUGGAUGCGUCAUCUAACGCGCGAUGCAUCGAGCGACGAAUAUACGCGUUUCUCAGUGAAGGCGUAUAUCGUUACCAGAAGAUCGAUCGUAGCAAAAGCGUAGAGUUCAUGGAACGUAGUUAACGCAGAAAGUAAUAUGUGUUUUGCUAUUCGAUACGUAUAUAAUAAGGGUUAAGGUAUAGAAAUAACCAUAAGGCAUUAUUGUAAUAAUUAAGGGCACUGUGGUAUGCGUUACAUAUGGCGAUCGAGUUUUUUUCGAGAGAGAAUUUCGUAGCUACAAUUUCAGAACGCACAUUAAGUCUUAACAAAGCAAAAUAACAAGGUUUCUAAUUACCUCCUUAAUUAAUUCUCAACAAUUAAUUUAUUUCGGCGAUUUUAGACGAUAAAAAAUCAACAAUACAGUAAUGUUAUCAAUUAUUUUUGUUGAUAAAAUAUUAAUGUUUGAUUAUUUGUUAUUUAUUGCAAAAAUGUUAUUUAUAUUAGUUUUAUCUUGAUCACACACGGCCGUAUAAAUUCGUGUUAAUGAAGACUUUCUCUCGAAAAAUACGAGCGCGGAGAAACAGCGAUGAUAUUACAUACACAUAUCAUUUACACGCCCAAGUUUACGUUGUAAGAUAAAUUAAAAGUAAGUCAGUUUAAGGCUUGAAGCUAUAACGACUAAAGAUCGUAUACAUAUCGUGAAUGUAUCGAGAUUUAAGAGAAUUUAUUUGUUAAUAUAUACAUAUAUAUAAAUUCUUAUAUAUGUACGUUACAUAUAUAAUAUAUAUAUA